AUGGUCCAAGCCCAGUCUGAAGCGGCCAGCGUGGGGAUCAUCCUACCCCUUCCGCGCGAUAUCCCUGUCCUGGCCCAAGUGGAAAUACACCUGGCAACAGCUCACACUGUAGAAGGCGGUCGUCGGAUGAUACACCUGGCAACAGCUCGCACUGUAGAAGGCGGUCAUUGGAUGAUACCCCGAAUUGCAGAUCACCUUCCUGCAGUCAUUCCUCGUGGUUUGACUGCCCGCGUUCUGUAUGAUGACCCCGCUGUCCGUGAGGACUUUGGUUUAGGCCACCCGCCGGAUGGUCUCCCUGACAUUGGAACCUUGCGCCUUUGGGUUGAGACAUUGCGCAAUGCGGCCCGCGAACUGUAUGAUGUCAUGCGUGGAAUCACUGGUAGAUGCGAGCUGGCGGAUGGUACCUUGAGGCGGUUGCGGAUCGUAGUCGAGGAAUUGGAAGUAGCGUUCAGGCUCGUAGCAUGCCCUCCUCCGAUAACCAGCUUCUAA